AUGAAUUCCGUGCAGCGCUUGUUGCUUCUUCUGGUCCUUCUCCUCUCGGUUCCAACGCAAGCAUGCACCAGCGACGAAGACUGCAAUCUCAAUGGCAUCUGUUCGCCAGCUAACGUCUGUGUCUGUGACCCGGGCUGGCGCGGCGCCGAUUGCGGCGAGCUCGAUCUUCGACCAGCGACGAAGAACACAGGAUACAAUCUGACGGGGGAAGGUACGUCGUCCUGGGGAGCCAAAAUCGUCCACGACCCUUCGGACCGUCAAGUGUUCCAUCUCUUCGUCGCGGAGUUCACGCAUGGCUGCGGCCUCGAUUACUGGUCUCCGUACAGUCGGAUCGUCCGAGCCAAGUCGAUUCAUGGACCGGCAGGACCUUACGACUUCGAGGCGGAGAUCGUGGGAACUUUUGCGCACAACCCGACGGUGAUAUACAGCGAAGCAGACCAGCUAUAUCUGCUGUACAACAUCGGCUGUCCGAUCACUGUGCCGGACACAUGCCAAACAGUGGAUUUUACCUGUGGGCCGGGGAACGAUAUCAACGGUGAGAGUGGCAUCUCCGUCUGGUCUUCUCCGGACCUCUAUCAGUGGACGUCUCACGGCCAGGUCUUUCCCGGCGACACGAACGGGACCUGGGAUGCGGACACCACUAACCCUUCGCCAUUUCCGCUCUACUCCGGGUCCAACCAAACGGAUGCUAUCGUGCUGGCCUACCGCGGCUGUCCCUACAACUGCAAUGGCCCCGAACUCCUCAACGUCGCCAACGCACCUCACUUCACGGGACCAUAUACACGCGCCCACGCGAAUCCCAUCUUCCCCGAACCGAACGAAGAUCCUUUCAUAUGGCGCGACAAACGAGGGAACUUCCACCUGCUGACACACUCCCUCUUGCCAGACGGGGGGUUUGGCAGCGGACCCAACGUCGGCCGUCACGCAUACGCCCGGUCGUGGGACGGACCCUGGACAUUCAACAACCACACAGUUGCGUUCACCACGGAGGUCAACUUCACCGACGGGACGACCAUCAAUUACUACCGCCGGGAGCGGCCUCAGCUGUUCUUCAGCGAAGACGGAGAGAUGACGCCGCUGUUCAUGACAAAUGGCGUGCAACAGCAGGAUUCGCCGGCGAGUUAUACGCUCAUUCAGCCCAUAGGCGAUGCGGCGGCGGCAUAUGAGAGGGAGGUGGUGGCAUAUACAUAA